GGGCGGGGGAGCCAAUAGGCCGGCCUCGCGGACCGUGCAUUGGCUUUAUUUCUGUCAAUGAAAAUGAGGCAUGAAAACCCAGCCAGGCCCAGGCGGCAAGAAUCGCCACCAGCCACCAAAGAACCACCAUUGAUACGCAGCCAGCUUCAUUGCCGAGGCGUCCGGGUCAUGGCCGGUUCCCAGCAGCAAGGUGGAGCUGGAGGACACAAACAGAACUGGAGUCUCCCUCUGGCCCAUCACCCUUCUUUACCCCCAGAGUAUUCUCUUGUUGCAGCCCAGCACCAGGCAGGGCCAAUCAUGGGCAUCUCUCCGACGUUCCCUUGGCUGGCUUCCUCUCUCAAUGCCUUCCUGUUCCCGGGGUCAUCUCUGGAGUCCUUGGGCCAUUUGUACUCCAGGCUCAGGCAGGAAGCAAAACCAUCUCCCUGUUGUCCUGUUGCACGGGGAGGAAGCCUCCUGCCUUCGUGUCUGAGUCACGUUCCUCGUCUCCGGGGCUGCGUAGGGGAUAAUCGGGGGCUGCUGAGAGAGCGCUGGCUGAGAACGGAGCUAACACCACAGGUUAAGGUGGGGGGCUGUGAGCCCAGUGAACAAGAUCAGAAAGAGACCGAGAUGGGGUGGAACCGCAGCUGUGCACCGUGUCCACCAAGACGUUGGCCGGAAUGCCCUGUUCCUUAGCAGGAGCUGCCGAUUCUUGGUGGUGUCUAACCACGCUUAAGGACCCAUUUCUGCUGGAUCUACCCGUAUCAGCGCUCAGGUAAGCUCCCCUGGUAAUGUCCCUUCCACACCGGCACAUUGCGUCCCAGCUGUAUGUGUGUGUGAUUCAGACAGCAAGUCCGGUCCCUCUUCGGUCUCUUUCUGGCCCUUCCUUCCAACUGGGCAGUGUUAUCUGCCGGGCAGUUGUCCUCCACCCCAGCAGUGGCUGCAUUCCAUCCCCACUCCAGGGGGGCCUGCUCCCGGAAAGCACCGCAGUGCACACUUCGCGCUGCGGCGCUCGCGUCUCGGUGAAGGCAGCGCGUGCUUUGGCCAACGGGGAGCUUUCGGGAGUCAGGGCCAUGCCCACGGGGCUGUCCGGCCCAGUCCUGCAUUGCUUGAUUGCAGUGGGCAUGUGGGGUGCAGGUGGAAAGCAGCCUCAGGCCUGCAAUGUGGCGGAUGCUUUGGGAACCGGCGG